AACAACUCUUGUUAUCGUAUUUUAGCGAUAAAUUGUUGCCAUAAAUACAUUGAAACCAAAAGUUUUCAAGUCUUCUCUUCGGUGGCGAUUGUCUUAAAGCCCGUAAACUAUGGUUAGACUUAUAUCGAUGUUUCGUGUCGUCUAUCGUCCGUUGCGGAUGACGUCGACCACCGCUCACACGAAUCACACGUGGAAACGAUUGCAAUACAAUCGGAUGAAGAGAUUUGUGGCCAAAUUUCAAUGGUUUCACGUCCCG